AUGGAGGCAUGUGGCAACAGCCUUCUCUUCUCCUACUGCAACCCGCAGCUGCCACUCGAAGGUUGUAAGGCUAAGCAACCAUACACUGUGAAAAUUGAAGACUUCGAAUGUUUCAAUGGCUUGACGGAGACCCUAUUUAAUUGUGAAGUGAAACUCGUUGGGCGACAACGUCUACUUAAUGGCACCAUGACAUUCGGCGAGGAUAUGGCUAGCGAUCACUUUAAAUACCAAAUAGAGAUAUUUAACGCACCACCCGGCGAUAAUCAGUUCAAGCGAUUGCCUAUGGGUGUGCCGCGCACCCCUAUUUGUGAGGGUUUUAGAGCCUAUUACGGCGAAUUUGUGCAGCCGUCAUUUAUUCAGGAGGAAAAUACCAAUCUGCCGUUUAUGCCCAAGGAGGGUCUUUGCCCCUUCCCAAAAGGUGAAUACUGGUUUAAGGAUGUAGAGCUUAACACAGACUUAUGGCCAAAUCCAAUACCGCGUGGCAUAAUAAAAGCAGUGUUAACAUUUUUCAAAGACGAGGUUAAUGUUGGUAGCGGUGAAAUAAAAAUGCGUAUCGAAUAUCGUGAAUAA